AUGAAGGCCAAGGUAAAGAAUGAACUGCACCUGGCAAAAGAGGUUAAGGACAACAACAAGAAGUUCUAUAAGUAUGUUGGUCAGAAAAGGAGGACCAAGGACACUGUGGGUCCACUGUUAACUAGCCAGGGGGAACUCUUAGCAGAAGAUGCAAGGAAGGCAUUUCCUGGAAAUACAAAUUCCGAUAGUGUGGUCCGGCAUGAUUUGCAACAUCCAGUUAUUGCCCGAUACGUACGCAUAGUUCCUCUGGACUGGAAUGGAGAGGGCCAAAUUGGUCUCAGAAUUGAGUUCUACGGCUGCUCAUAUUGGGCCGAUGUUAUCAAUUUUGAUGGCCAUGUUGUGUUGCCGUACAGAUUCAGGAACAAGAAAAUGAAAACACUGAAAGAUGUCAUCUCUCUGAAAUUCAAAACCUCUGAGAGUGAAGGUGUAAUCUUCCAUGGAGAAGGGCAACAAGGAGACUAUAUUACCCUGGAACUCAAAAAAGCCAAGCUCAUCCUUAACUUAAAUUUAGGUAGCAACCAGUAUGGCUCAAUUUAUGGCCACACCUCUGUGAUGACAGGCAGCCUCUUGGAUGACCACCACUGGCACUCCAUUGUCAUAGAACGUCAUGGGAGGAACAUCAAUCUCACACUGGACAGACACAUCCAGCAUUUCAGAACCAAUGGGGAAUUCGAUUACUUGGACUUGGACUAUGAGAUAACCUUUGGUGGCAUGCCUUUUUCUGGGAAGCCCAGUUCAAACAGCAGAAAAAAUUUCAAAGGCUGUAUGGAAAGCAUCAACUACAAUGGUAAUAAUAUCACUGAUCUUGCUAAGAGGAAGAAAUUGGAACCUUCUAAUGUGGGAAAUUUAAGUUUUUCUUGUGUGGAACCACAUACAGUGCCUGUCUUUUUCAAUGCUACCAGUUACCUGGAGGUUCCUGGUCGCCCAAGUCAGGAUCUGUUUUCAGUCAGUUUCCAGUUCAGAACCUGGAACCCAAAUGGACUUCUUCUGUUCAGCAACUUUGCUGACAGACUGGGUAAUGUCGAGAUUGACUUGACUGAAGGCAAAGUCAGUGUCCACAUCAAUGUCACCCAAGUCAAGAAGAAUAGAAUAGACAUCUCAUCAGGCUCUGGACUCAAUGAUGGGCAGUGGCAUGAAGUCCGGUUCUUAGCUAAAGAAAAUUUUGCUGUGCUCACCAUUGAUGGAGAAGAAGCCUCUGCAGUUAGAACCAACAGUCCUCUGCAAGUUAAAACUGGGGAGAAAUAUUUCUUUGGAGGGUUCCCAUCACUGAUGAAUGACUCAGAUCGCUCCCAGCUAUCUUUCCAAGGAUGCAUGCAGUUCAUUCAUGUGGAUGACCAACUUGUAGACUUACAUGCAGUGGAGCAAGGCAAGCUAGGAAGCUUUGCGAAUGUAAUCAUCGAUAUGUGUGCCAUUAUUGACAGGUGUGUGCCAAAUCACUGUGAACAUGGUGGUAAAUGCACCCAAACCUGGGAUGGCUUCAAGUGUACAUGUGAUGGAACUGGAUACAGUGGUGCCACUUGUCAUAAUUCUAUUUAUGAACUCUCCUGUGAAGCAUACAAACACUUGGGCAAAAUCUCAAAUCAGUACUGGAUAGAUCCAGAUGGCAGUGGGGCACUGGGACCUUUAAAAGUUUACUGCAACAUGACAGAGGACAAAGUGUGGACAACUGUGAACCAUGAUUUGCAAAUGCAGGCUCCUGUGGUAGGCAACAGCCCAGAGAAGUACUCUGUACUGCAACUUAAUUACAGUGCCACCAUGGAUCAGAUCUCUGCCAUCACCAAUAGUGCUGAGUACUGUGAGCAGUACAUUUCUUACUCCUGCAAGAUGUCAAGACUACUGAACACCCCAGAUGGGAGUCCAUAUACCUGGUGGGUUGGAAAAGCCAAUGAGAAGCACUACUACUGGGGUGGCUCUGGACCUGGAAUUCAAAAAUGUGCCUGUGGCAUUGAACGCAAUUGUACUGAUGCCAAGUACUACUGCAACUGUGAUGCUGACUCUAAACAAUGGAGAAAAGACACUGGGCUCUUAUCUUACAAAGAACAUCUACCCGUGAGUCAAGUAGUGGUUGGAGAUAUUGACCGACCUGGAUCUGAAGCUAAAAUAACUGUGGGUCCUGUGCACUGUCAAGGAGACCGAAAUUAUUGGAAUGCUGCAUCUUUCAUUACUCCAUCAUCGUAUCUUCAUUUCUCCACAUUCCAAGGGGAAACCAGUGCAGACAUCUCCUUCUACUUCAAAACUUCAGCCCCUGAUGGAGUGUUUCUUGAAAAUCUGGGGAACACAGACUUCAUCAAACUUGAGCUAAAAUCUACUACUGAAGUGUCCUUUUCAUUUGACGUUGGAAAUGGCCCAGUGGAAAUUGUGGUCAGAUCUCCCAACCCACUCAAUGAUGACCAAUGGCAUCGAGUCAAUGCUGAGAGGAAUGUCAAACAAGCCAGUCUGCAAGUAGAUCAGCUGCCUCAGGAGAUCCGGAAGGCACCCACAGAAGGCCAUACACGAUUGGAACUAUACAGCCAGUUAUAUGUUGGUGCUGCAGGAGGCCAAAGAGGAUUUCUGGGAUGUAUUCGCUCCUUAAGAAUGAAUGGGGUGACUCUGGACUUGGAAGAGAGAGCAAAAGUUACUCCUGGGGUGAAACCUGGCUGCUCAGGUCAUUGUACCAGCUAUGGAAUGUACUGUGAGAAUGGAGGCAAAUGCGUUGAGAAGUACAACGGCUACUCAUGCGACUGCUCCAGUACUGCAUAUGACGGACCGUUUUGCAUAAAAGAUGUUGGAGCAUUUUUUGAAGAGGGGAUGUGGCUCAGGUACAGUUUUCCAUCCCCAGGGACCACUGCAAAAGACUUAGCCAGUCGAACUCUGUUGAGCUCUACAGACCCUGAGGCUACUGUGCCAGACAUCAGUUUGAAUGCAGAGGAGCUAAGUUUCAGCUUCAGUACCACAAAAUCCCCCUGUGUCCUCCUGUACAUCAGUUCUUACACUCUGGACUACAUGGCAGUGCUUGUCAAGCCAUCUGGUAACCUACAGAUUCGAUACAACCUGGGAGGCACAAGAGAGCCAUAUAAUAUUGAUGUAGACCACAGAAGCAUGGCAAAUGGACAGCCACACAGUGUUAAUAUCACACGGAAUGAAAGGGACAUAGUCCUGCAGCUUGAUCACUAUCCUCCAGCAAGUUACAACUUGCCGACAGCAUCUGACGUUCAGUUCAACUCCCUGAAGGCACUCUUCCUUGGAAAAGUUAUAGAAACUGGGAAGAUUGACCAAGAUAUAUAUAAAUACAAUACACCUGGAUUCACUGGCUGCCUGUCCAGAGUGCAGUUCAACCAGAUUGCCCCCCUCAAAGCAGCCUUGAGACCUACCAACACCUCCUCUCACGUCCACAUUCAAGGGGAACUAGUGGAAUCCAACUGCGGAGCAUCUCCAUUGACAAUCCCACCAAUGUCGGCUGCCACGGACCCUUGGCAUUUAGAUUCAGCCAGUGCUGAUUUCCCAUACAAUGGCCAAGCUAUAGGAGAUGGAGUUAACAGGAACUCGGCCAUUAUAGGAGGUGUCAUCGCUGUCGUGAUCUUUACCAUCCUUUGCACACUUGUGUUCCUGAUACGCUACAUGUUCCGUCACAAGGGGACCUACCACACUAACGAGGCCAAAGGGGCAGAGUCUGCCGAGAGUGCCGAUGCAGCCAUCAUGAACAAUGACCCCAACUUUACGGAGACUAUUGAUGAAAGCAAAAAGGAAUGGCUUAUCUAAAAGUGUGUGUAUGGGGACGAGGGGGGUUGGCAUUAUGGCUGGGGUGGGAUUGGGGAUGACUCUUUCAGUGAGAAGAAAACACUCUACUUCGGACUCUGAGCACAUCUACAGUAAAAAGAUCAGCACAACUGGAGAAGCAAGUGACAGACAAAACCGUUGAGAUGGGGGGGGGAAGAAAUAACACACUAGCAUUUAAGAAAAAUACUUUUUAAUAUUCAUUUACAAUGAAUUGCCCCUUCUGUAUCCAAACAACAACAACAAAGAGCAGCUUUUAGAGCCUCAGCAUUGGUUAAAAUUUGUCAAUAAUACCUGUCUUUCUGUGUGUGUUUUAGAGGUGUUCUAAAUUCCCAUAAUGAUAACAGGGCCAAUUUUUUACAUUUUUUAAAAGCCCUUUAGAAUGUGGAUAUUUUUGUCUUGAGAACGGCGGACAAGUCCAAUGUUCUGUGUUCUUUUCUUUCACACAUGGUCAGUUCUAGACAGGUUGCCAUAAUACCCAGGUCUUGUUCAUAAAAUGUUACAUUUGGUGUUGUUUGAAUUGGG